CCCCGAGGGGAGGGGGAGUGGGGCCGGCGGCGGGUCCGAAAUCAGUGAUUCCGGCGGGAUCUGCGACCUCGCACCCUCCCAGCGACCCCGAGAUGAUGGGGUGUGGGGACCCAGAGCCGGAGUUCGUGGCGGCCCCGGGCCCACCCCCAGAGCCCCCAGCCCCAGAGCCCGGCCUGGACCUGAGUCUGAGCCCGUUGCCCGAGAGCUCGGAGCCGCGGGACUGCAGCCUGGGGCGGCGGAAGGGGCGGGCGGGCCGACGGGCUGGAGCCCAGAGGGAGCGGCAGGUCCGCUUUCGCUUGGCGCCGGCGCGCUCCCCGGUCCGGCCCGAGCCGCCCUCCGCCCCGCCGCACGAGCUAGAGGCUCCCGCGCUGCUAAGCAGCCUGGCCUUGGGCCUCGAGCUGCAGGCCGCCCGCGCCGCGGCUCCGUUUGAUGCCGCGAAGGCCGUGGAGGAGCAGCUGCGGAAGUCGUUCCAGACCCGCUGCAGCCUGGAGGGCAGCGUGGCAGAGGGGCUGAACGUGCCGCGUUCUCGGCGGCUCUUUCGGAACCUGGUGAGCCUGCAGGUGCCGGAGGAGCGGGUUCUGAACGCCGCGCUGCGGGAGAGGCUGCCGCCGCAGGCCCGAGCCCCACCCCCGAAGGAGCCACCUGGACCAGGGCCAGACAUGACCGUGCUGUGCGACCCAGACUCGUUGUGCUAUGAAUCGCCACACCUGACCGUGGACGGGCUGCCCCCACUCCGCCUUCAAGCUCGGACCCGACCCCCGGAGGACACCUUCCUUAUGCACAGAACACUCAGGCGGUGGGAGGCUUAGAUGCCCAACUCCCUCGAUCACUGGUUACUUUUGUGCGUAAAACUUUUUUGGAAUAAAAUGGUUUUUUUUUUUUUUUUUUUUUGUUUAUAGACUUCAGG